CCAUGGCGCUGCAAGCCGCGUUCGGAAAACUGUAAGAUAUCUUUGGGAAGAUUUCCCGCAACGCACUGAAAAUCGGUGGGAAUGGUGCGAUCGCAGCAUUCCUGUAUGUGCUUGAAGAAAUGUUAGAGAAAAUCAGCCCGUGUCCCUGUCAUCCGGACUGGAACACAAGCUACACCGUGGUUGUUUUCACUGUGCCCACAGUCAUCCUCUUCAUGAUCAGAGCUUUCGUGGAUCUGGAUUCACAGAGAGUGCUGAAAUGUGGGCCAGGCUGUACCCGUCCUCGCAGUGAGACCAUCAGUUGCUGUAAUUUCCGCUGCUCCCGUAUUCAAUGUUAUUUUCCUACGAAGACAUUGGUGAAAGUAGGGAUACCAUCUUUCUUAUGGAUCGUCAUUGUUUUACUGGACGGGAGUUACUACACCUGUUCAAGAGUCCAAAACAUGACCCACGAAAUGUGCGAAAUAUAUUUCAGCAGUAAUACCACUCAUAGUUCACCUGACCUGGACUAUUAUUGCUUCAAGUCUCGGAUAAUUGGAGCCAUUUUUCUGGCCGUGACCGUGUCUCUGCUGGUACUUCUUCACUUCCUUUGUACGUGGAAGUGUGGCUAUUGCACUGUGGAGGGAUAUUACGAGGCAAUCUAUGAGGUCAUGGUGGAGAAGAUGGAAAUGCAAGAAUUGUUAAAUAAAGUGAACGAAGAAUUGGAAAAUAAAGCAAAAGAAUAUGCAGAAGAUUCAGCCAAAAAUGUCAUUGCUAAUCUGAAGCUCGAUGAGCCUAAUCGGAAUGUUCAGCGACCCAACGUACCAGCGGAUAGUAUGGAUGUGACCAUAUCAAUGACAUCUCUCCAUCAGCAACCCCCGAUAAGUCACUAGAUGACUACAACUCAACCAAGGCAGCAUUUCCAUUCGCAACACUGCCUGUUCAAAACUGGAGACUGAAACAACUGUAACAAAUCAGGAACCCGAAAUUAAAAUGUUAUAUCUCAAAAAACUCAAUAAAAGUUUCCUCACUAAAAGCCUCCAGUUAGAGCGCACAACCAGCUGGGGGGAGGGGGGUGAAGGGGUGGAUUAUAAAGUCACAGUUAACACGCCAGUACGGUAUGAUAUGCAAGACCGGUGAGUUCCUUGCUGUUCUCUGGCAGAGAGAUUAAACAAGAAGCCGAGGAAAUUGAUAAAUUUAAACUGAAAAUAGAUGAAUAUUCGGCAGAAGGACAAUUUGAAGUUUAGGGGAUUUGGAACAGAAGGGUGUUUGACGUCUGGGGCAUAUCAGCCACGAUCAUAUUGAACAGGGGGCAAACUUGAGGAGUCUGUCGCUGCCCCUGCUCCCGAUUUAGAGUGUUUAGAGUAAAGAGAGAACGAGAUGACCACUGAUAUUAAAUUGACAGAACCAAUUCCUGAGUCAAAUGUUACAAAGUUAUAAAAUUCAGUUACAAACACGAGGAAGUCUGUAGUUGGUGGAAAUCCGAGCAACAGAGAGAAUGCUGGAGGUGACCAGGGAGAUGAGGUGAGCGAGGGAAAAGGGGAUCAGAAAUGUUUGGGCGGCAUUACCGGAAGUUUGAGAGGGCGAUGUUCAUGUCAUCAGAUUGGUGGCUACUUAAAUGGAAUACAAAGUGUUCCUCCAACCUAACAGUUGCCUUAUCAUAGAUGGUCAUAUCAGAAUGGGAAUAGGAAGUAUAGAUCAAAUUGGUGGCCAUUGGGAGAUCCCGGUUGUUAUGGCGGACCGAGCGUAGAUGCUCAGCGAAGCGGUCUCGAAAUCUACAUCGGGUGUUACCGAUAUACAGGAGGCCACUCCGGAAUCACUGAACAGAGUAAAUGAACCCAACAGACUCAGAGGGGAACUGUCGUUUCAACUGGAAGGACUGUUUACGGCUCUGGAUACUCCUUUGGAUGAGCUGAAGUAUAAGAUAACCCACACCCGACUGUCUAGAGUCGUUAAUCUCUUGUGCUUUCUGUUCAGACUUGACAAGUUAAUAUUGACUGGCGUGAGCGCAAUUGUUUAAAAUGCUUCCGAUGUUCAUUUGGAAUUCCGAUGAAUAAA